AUGGGCUACGCACAAACGCUUCCACCUCAUUCAUCUGGCGUGAGCAUAAUCAUAGUAGGUUGUGGCUUCGCUGGGCUUGCGUGUGCGAUAGAGAGCGUGAGGAAGGGACAUAAGGUAGUUGUGCUGGAGAAGUACAAACAACUGAAGAUGCUGGGAGAUAUGAUCUCAUUUGGUUUCAACACUGGGCGAUUCUUUAUGCGAUGGGGCUUACAUGAGAAGAUUCGCGCCCUUUGCGCGCACGCCUCUUUCUUCCACAUUCACUCUCACACGGGCGGUCUUGUAUCUACCCAACCCCUCCCUCAAGGUCUGUACAACUCGUGGCAGUACAACGGUAAUCGCGGUGAGAUCUAUGAAGUUCUGCUACGCUACGCCCAAUCUAUCGGGGUCACAGUUCGAUUCGGACAAAGCGUGGAAGAGUACUACGAGGCUGAGGCUGAAGGCGAAGAGGGAGGAAGAGGAAGAGCAGGCGUCGUUGUAAAUGGAGGACGGAUGGAAGCGGAUAUUGUUGUAGGUGCGGAUGGUGUAAAGAGCGCUGCUAGGAAGCUAGUCUUGGGCCAUGAAGACAAACCCGUCUCCUCUGGUUACGCGAUAUAUCGCGUCUGGUACGACGCCGUCAAAGCUGGAAUAUCAGACGAUCCGCUCACGGAAUACUUGGGACGAGAGCAGGACGUUCUUUACGGCUGGAUCGGUCGAGAUAUGCACUUUCUGGCGGCGAACUGCAAGAAAGGGGCAGCCGUGAGCUGUAUAUUGAUGCAUCCUGACCAUGCAGAUAUCAAGGAAUCGUGGUCAUUCCCAGCGAAGAAUCCUCUUCGUGGAGGUUGGGAUCCCCGCUGCGCCGCGAUCAUCUCCAAAGCUCCACCCGAAUGCAUGGUAGAUUGGAAGAUCGUGUAUCGGGAGCCUAUGGAGACUUGGGUCAGCCCAAUGGGAAGGAUGUGUCUCAUUGGAGACGCUGCUCAUCCUUUCUUGCCGACCUCGGCGCAAGGAGCAUCCCAAGCGGUUGAAGACGGUGUAGCUUUAGCGGCCUGUCUGCAACUUGCAGGCAAGGAUGACAUCCCGUUGGCGGUAAGUACAUGGGAAGCACUCAGGUAUGAACGCGUUCUCUUGGCCCUGAAGCUUGGCGAAUCGACGCACGAAAAAUGGCACCGUCGGCCCUCCAAUGCCUCCGCUGAGGAAUCGGAAGUGGACCUCCCCCAACCCGAAUGGUUGUUCGACUUCGAUGCAGAGCGUGAUGUGUACGAGAGAUGGAACGACACAAGUACCCGGAUUAGGAAGGGCGGGUAUCAGAAACCGGGGGUUCAGAGGAGCAAUAUACCGAGUGUGUGA